ACCGGAACCUGUCCCAUCACCAAUCUGCUACUCUUUUAGCUCCAACUCAGACCUCAGGAAAGACAACCCCAGCCCGCUUACCCGUGGCGGCUUUCUCGUAGAAACCCAACGCCAGCCUACAUCCCAUAGGUUUAUUUAAUCGGAAAACAUUCGGCUCAUUGGCUCCGGCGAUACGUGAAUGAAGUUUGUAUCAUUAGCUCCUCUAGCUAACGAGGACAACAACCUUGUCCUGUCUCCCCCCGCGCUGUCUGUGCUUCCAAUGUGGUUGACAGCUGAUUAACUACCUCGUUAAUUUACUUUGUAUCGAGAGUUAGAGUGGAGCCCUUCGUGUACUACAAUAAUAAAAUAGAACUGCCUCCGCUCGGAUUGUAACACCUGUCCUGUGUAGUCAUGACUGGACAAGAUCACUGACUUGAGUAUCGACACAGGCCAACAUGGGCUCCCCAGCCAGUCUGGGCUGACGACCAUCGAGCGGUGCGCCGACGCCUGUCCUUCUGAGGGGAGAGAAUAUCUGUCGUCCAAGAUUUCCUCCACAACGUUUUCCGUCAAGUCCCCUUCCCUUUCCCCCGCGUCCCUGAAACCUCAUCAUGCUCGAGGGACUGGUCGCCUGGGUCCUUAACACCUACCUGGGGAAAUAUGUCAGCAACUUGAACACAGACCAGCUCUCCAUCGCCCUACUCAAAGGUGCGGUGGAGCUGGAGAACCUGCCUCUGAGGAGGGAUGCCCUCAGAGAGUUUGAUCUGCCCUGUGAGGUCAAAGCAGGCUUCAUCGGGAAGAUCACCCUGCAGAUCCCCUUCUAUCGGCUCCACAGCGAACCCUGGGUCAUCUCCAUCUCCCAGCUCAACCUCGUCAUCGGCCCCGCCCGUCCCCAGGAGUUUGACGAGGAGCGGGAGCGCGAGGAGGAGAAGGAGCGCAAGAAGCUCCUCCUCAAAGCGCUGGAGGACAAGUGGAGGAGUGAGUGUGAACAGAGAGGGGAGUCGUACUGGCACUCAGUCACUGCGUCUGUGGUCACCAAGAUAGUGGAGAACAUUGAGUUAAACAUCCAAGGGGUGCACUUGAGAUUUGAGGACGACUUCUCCGAUCCAGGGAAGCCAUUUUCGUUCGGCGUUUGCAUCAACAAUGUGUCGGCACAGAACUCUACCAAAGAACCCGUCCAGAAGCUUGUGCGUCAGAAGCAGCUGGAGAUCCAGGACUUCAGCGUCUACUGGGACACUGAGUGUGAAAUGCUGGGAAACCUCCCGGCGAACCAGAUUCAGGACGCCAUGACGGAGUGCAUGCGGAGCCGGCAGCACCAGUACAUCUUCGAGCCGGUGUGCGCGUCGGUGCUGCUGAGGAGAAACGCCGCCAAGGAGGCGCUGCGGUCGCGCCACUCGGCCCGCAUCGAGGGCCAGGUGCAGCUGGAGCCCAUGGCCCUGCGGCUGUCCCAGAUCCAGUACCAGCAGAUAAUGGCUUUCCUCAAAGAGCUGGACCGCAGGGAGAGGGAAAUGCUCUUCAGGAAGUGGAGGCCCAAAGUCCCCAUCACUGGAAGCUGUCGCCAGUGGUGGAUGUUUGCCAUCCAGGCCAACCUGAAUGAGAUCCGCGAGCAGAGACACAGGAGGAGCUGGGAGUUCGCCCUGCACAGAGCCAGGGACGCCCGGCUCUACACAGACCUGUACUUCCAGAGGGUCAAGGGGGCGCUGCUCAGCCUACACGAAGAGAUGGAGCUGGAGCGGGUGGAGGACGAGCAGACCCUGGAGGAGCUGCAGAGCCUCCGGGAGAUCGUCCACGACCGCUUCCGCAAGCAGGACGAGAUCGCAGAGAGCGUGCGCGAGCCCGUCAGCGAGGUGCAGCCCGACUGCCCCCCCGGCCCCAUCCCCAAGAGCGGGAGCUCCGGGAUGGUCCAGUACCUGCAGUCCUGGUUCCCCGGCUGGGGGGGCUGGUACGGAGAGACCCAGGACCUGGAGGCCGGGGCCGAGGAGCUCCUCCCGGGCCCGGAGACCUGGGACAUACUGGCCGCGGACACGGAGGACCUGUUCGACCCCCUGGAGCACUCCCAGUCCCUGAACACCUUCACCCGUCGGGACCACCUGUUCGCCCGGCUGGAGUUCCUGCUGGAGAAGGGGGCGGUCACCCUGUUCCAGCAGGACCCCCGCGGGGACCGGGCCAACGAGAGCGGGGUCAUCCAGCUGGAGUUCUCUGGUGUGAAGGUGAUGGUGGAGUCGCUGCCGCGCUCCGAGUCCUCCCUGCUGUCGGUGCAGCUGGGCGGGCUGUUCCUCAGGGACCUCACCACCCAGGGAACCAUCUUCCCCGUCCUCGUCUCCCCCAAGGCCGACAGCGUGGCUGUGGUUAGUAGCCAACCCUUUGGGCAGGGCAGCAACAUCUCAGGGAGCACCGCGGAGGCCACAGCGCCCCCUGUCUUUGAGAUGACGUACGAGCGCAACCCGGUGAGGUGCAAGUUCGAGAGGAGGCUGGAGGUGAACACCAGCCCGCUGAACAUCAUCUACAACCCCCAGGCCAUCAAGAAGGUCACCGAGUUCUUCUACAAGGGGAGGGUCCACACCUCAGGCUUUGGCUACCAGUCUGAGUUGGAGCUGAGGGUGGCGGAGGCAGCCAGGAGGCAGUACAACAAGCUGAAGAUGCAGACCAAAGCUGAGAUCAGACAGACCAUAGACCAGCUGCUCGUAGGAGAGUUCAUCGAGAACAGCAAGCGGUGGACCAUGAAGUUGGACAUCUGCGCACCCCAGGUCAUUUUCCCUGACGACUUCCAAUCCGAAGACCCCAUGCUGGUCGUGGUUGACUUGGGCCGGAUCCUCCUCACCAACUCCCAAGAGCUCGACUCCAAGACCAGCUUCAAAGCCACUCAGCCUGAAGGGGAGGAAGACCUGAGCGACGACGAGUACGGGACCCCGCUCACCACCCCCCCGGACUCGCCGCCCCCCGAGCUGGACGUCCCCCCGAAGGAGCCCCUCAAGUGCCCCGACGUCCUGGGCUUCAGGUCGUCCGAGAGCAGCGCCCAGGCCUACAGCCGCAAGCUCUACGAGCGCUACUCCCUGUCCUUCAAGGACCUGCAGAUCAUGGUGGGCCACUUCAAGGACAACUGGAAGCACGUGCAGGAGAGCGAGGUGGGCCCCACGCACGUGGUGGAGAAGUUCAACGUGCUGCUGCAGCUGGAGCAGCGGCUCCGCUACACCUCGGACCCCCAGCUGCCCGGGGCGGUGCUGACGGGCACGCUGCCCGACCUGAAGGUCCACGUCAACCUGGAGAAGAUGACGGCCCUCAGGAGCUGCCUGGCCCGACUGACCAGCCCCGGGGACGGCGGGGCGGACAAGGGCCAGGACAAGGGCCGGGCGGGCCGGUCGCCCGACCCCCUGCACCUGCGCCACGAGAAGAUCUUCCAAAGGGAGGACAGCUCGUGGAAGCUCCAGGGCUCGGCCCGCAACCUGACCCAGAGCGUGAUCACGCUGGAGCAGCACACGCGGGAGGUGCUGGUGGAGUCGCGCCUCCUCCUCGCCGAGUUCAACAUCAACUACAUGCAGCUGGGCGUGGAGAGCGACGGCCGCUACAUCUCGGUGCUCAAGGUGUUCGGCACCAACGCGCACUUCGUCAAGCGGCCGUACGACGCGGAGGUGGCGCUCACGGUGCACGGCCUGCUGCUGGUGGACACGCUGCAGACCUUCGGCUCGGACUUUGACCUGCUGGUGGCCUCCCACAAGCACCUGACCUUCGACAUCCCCACGGGGAGCCUGAUGGAGAGCCAGCCCUCGUCCCCGGCGCCGCCGGAGCGCCCGCGGCGGGAGCCGGCGACGGGGGGCCCGGCGGAGCGCGUCUCGCCGUUCAGCUCCUUCAUCAAGGACGAGGAGGCGCUCAUCAAGCUGGAGUACCAGUUCGUCAGCUCGGACUGCCCGUCCAUGAACCUGGACAGCUCCCUGCAGGUGACCAGCAUGCAGGUGAACAACCUGGACAUCAUCGUCAACCCCGAGACCAUCGUGGAGCUCCUCAAGUUCCUCCAGAAGUCCUUCCCCAAGGAGGAGAGCGGCUGGAGCGCGGCGGCGGCGUCGGCGUCGUCCCAGCAGCCGGCGGCGCCGGCGGACGGCAAGGACGGCACCUACCAGUCCACCUACGACCGGAACAAGGAGGUCACGGUGGAGAUCAACCGGCUCAACCUGCUGCUGCUGCGCACGGUCUCCACCGGCCCCGGCGGCGGCGGCGGCGCGCUGGGCCCCGAGAAGAAGGGGCUGAAGAUCGCCACGGCCAGCAUCACCGGCACCAAGGUGAACUUCUCCAUGGGCGGCCGGCUGGAGGUCAACGGCUCGCUGGGCUCCAUGCAGCUGGUGGACCUCACCCAGGAGGGCGGCCGCAACCAGUUCGUGGUCAGCAUCGGCAACGUGGCGGACGUCACCUCCACGCCCGGCGAGGCCAUCUUCUUCGCCGACCCCGAGGGCACCUCGUCGGAGGCGCUGAACUUCCACCUGACGGAGCGGUCGCAGGGCGAGUGCUCCCUGCAGCUGCACAUGGCGUCGCUGCACUACAACCACUCGGCCAAGUUCCUGAAGGAGCUGACGCUGUCGGCCAACGAGGUGGAGGACAACUUCCGCUCCAUGCUGAAGAGCGCCGCCACCAAGGUGUCCACGGUGCUCGCCACCAAGACGGCGGAGUACAGCGGCAUGGUGUCGCUGUUCGAGACGCCGCUCAAGCGCAGCCGCACCCAGAGCCAGAGCUGGGCGUACGCCUACGAGGAGAAGGAGGACGCGGCGGCGGCGGCGGCGGCGGUGGCGGCGGCGGCGGAGGCGGAGGCGCGCUCGCCGCUGGACACGCUGCUGGUGAAGCUCACGCUGGACAUCAGCAUCGAGUCGCCGGUGGUGUCGAUCCCGCGCAAACCGGGCCACCCCGAGCUGCUGGUGGGCCACCUGGGCAGCAUCAUCCUCCGGAACUUUGUGACGGGGCAGGACUCGGAGGGGGACAAGCUGCAGGUGAUGGUGAAGGACAUCCGGCUGUACUCGCUCAGCAUGAGCCAGCUGGUGACGCGGCGUCCGGCGGGCUCGUGUUCGUCGCCGUCGCACGCGGCCGGCGUGGAGGAGCCCCAGUUCACGCGCCACAACUUCUUUGAGUCGCUGAGCCGGGGGAAAGCCUUCCACAUCCUGAAGGACACCACCAUCCAGUUCACCCUGGAGAAGGUCCCGGUCAACGAGGCCUCCCAGUUCACCUACCUGGACCUGGACGAGCCUUACCAGAGCUCGGGCCUGCUACGGGUGGAGGGCAAGUUCGUCAACCCAGUUCAGGUGUUCCUGUGCAAGCCCGUGUACGAACAGGUCCUCCAGACCCUGGACAACCUGUCCCUGAUCGAGGAGCCGCGGUCCAGCCCCAGCGAGCCCCCCGUCCCUCCGCCCCCCACCCCCUCCUCCACCAAGCCCCCCCGCUUCCCCGACCCCCAGGGCGGCCUGUUCGCCCGGGACCCCCCCCCCCUGCACGGCAACCUCUCGUACCGCUCCCUGUCGUCGCCCUCGCCCCUGCAGCGCGGCGGCGGCGCCGGCCUGCAGGCGCCCUCCUUCACCCAGGUGCGGGCCACCUUCCGCGUGGAGGAGCUCCAGGUGCAGCUCACGGCGGACCUCAGCCAGGGCUCCCAGGGCCUGGUGUGCCUGCGCUUCCAGGACCUGGAGGGGGACUUCACCAAGGACCACCCGCAGGCGCUGGCCAUCCAGCUGGCCCUGCGCUCGCUGCUGAUGGAGGACCUCCUGGAGCCCAACCCCGAGUCCAAGCACAAGCACCUGAUGGUGUCGCGCGGCGCCCCCAAGGCCUCCACCUUCUGCCCCAAGGAGUACAUGUCCCAGAGCUGCCCGGCGGCCUCCAACGCGCUCUACCCGGCCAUGCCGCGCUCCCUGCCCGCGCACAUGGAGGAGGCGCAGAACGUCUUCCAGCUCUACCAGCGGCACCCCAGCAGCGUCAGGCCCGAGGACCGCCGGCCGGCCUACCCCAGCACGCCGCCGCCCUCCCCCACCCAGCGCUCGCCCUCGCCCUCCUCCGACGCCGGCUCCGCCUCCUCCGACGCCGGCCCCUCGCCCCGCCCGCCGCCGGGCUUCGACGACUCCCUGGUGCACAUCAACAUGCUGCUGGUGGACCGGCUGCACCCCGAGUUCCGGACGCGCUACGGCGCGCUCAGCCGCAGCGUGGACAUCGACUUCAACUGCCUGGACGUGCUGAUCACGCUGCAGACCUGGGUGGUCAUCCUGGACUUCUUCGGCGUGGGCUCCACGGCCAACAGCCACGGGCUGAAGGGCUGCCCGGCCGCCUCGCCCCAGCCCGCGGCCGGGCAGCCCUUCAGCGACCCGAUGGGCCUGGGCCCCCGGUUCGAGGAGAUGGAGGAGCUGGAGGAGGAGGAGGAGGAGGCGGAGCCGGUCAACACCAAGCUGGAUCUGAAGGUUCAUUCACUCUCUCUGGUCCUGAACAAGAAGACCAACGAGCUGGCCAAAGCUAGCGUCUCCAAACUGUCCACUCACCUUGAAAUGCUGGACGGCGACCUGUCGCUGCAAGGCAGUCUGGGAAGCCUGUCUCUGAGCGACCUCACCCCCCACGGCGACCUCUACCGGGAGCGCUUCACCACCCGGGGAGGCGAGGCCUUGGUGUUCAACAUCCAAAAGUACGGCAGACCGGACCCUCACAUGCAGCGGGAGUGCGACGUGAAGGUGGCGCUGCAGAUGGCCUCCGUGCAGUACGUGCACACGCAGCGCUUCCAGUCCGAGGUGGUGGCCUUCAUCCAGCACUUCACCCAGCUGCAGGACGUCCUGGGCAGGCAGAGGGCCGCCAUCGAGGGCCAGGCCGUCCGGGAGCACCCCCAGCGGGCGUCCCGGGUCCUGCUGGACAUCCAGGCCGGGGCGCCGGUGGUGUUGAUCCCAGAGAGCUCCAGCUCGCCCCGCCUCAUCGUGGCCAACCUGGGCCAGCUGCGCGUGCGCAACUCCUUCCUGCCCGUGGGCGCGCACGGUACCUUCUCCCUGCGAGACAAGGAGAACGUGCAGUGUGCCCAGACCGCCAGCUCUGGAGGCAGCAUCCACCUGGGGGACAGGGAGCCCUGGUCCUACCCCUCCACCAUCCCCACCCCCACCUCCACGCCCUCCGCCUCCAUCACCUCCCCCUCAGGGUUCACCCUGGGCCGGCCCCCCCCCUGCGGAGCCACCACUGCCCCUGAUGGACUAGGAUGGACCAGCCCAGAGAGCCACGUGUGUCUGCUGGACUGCCUGGCGCUGGACCUCCAGGAGCUGGACGUGUUCGCGGCGGAGCGCCUCCCCACCCCGCCCCCCCAGCCCCCCCAGCCCGGCGAGGGGCCCGGCGGGGGACCCCCCCACCCGGACCCCUCCACCACCCCCUCCUCCUCCUCUGACCUGCUGUUCCCCUCCUACGCCGUGCGCCGGCGGGGCGGCAACAUGCUGAAGGAGAGCUGCCGCCUCAAGCUCAAGGUGGAGCGCAACCUCGACAAGGAGCUGAGCCAUGCGGUCCCAGACAUGUCGAUCCACGGCAGCCUGUCGUCGGUCCACUGCUCCCUGGACCUGGAGCACUACCAGCUGAUCAGGGGCCUGCUGGAGAACAACCUGGGGGAGCCCGUCGAGGAGUUCCUGAGGCCCUACAACCUGCAGGACCCCAGCUCCUACACGGUGCUGAGCGGGGAUGUGUACACCACCCUCUCCUUCCUUAUCGACAUGAUGGAUGUGAGUCUGGAGCUGGUGGAGAAGCCCAAAGCCAGCGGACAGGAGCUCUCCCUCGCCAGGUUCGACUUCAUGAAGUCCAAGCUGCUGUACGAGAGCUACUCCAACGGCUCCCGCUCCAUCAACCUGGUGUCCCACUCCCUGCUGGCGUACGACACCCGGUUCUCUGGCCCCGACGCACGCUUCCCCGGGCCGGGCCGGAGGCAGGGCCGACGGGGGGGUAGCGGCAGCGGUGUCGGCGUCGGCGGGGCUGGGGUCGGGGCUGGAGGUGUUGGCGAGGACCGAAGCCGGGCCAAGAGGAACGUCUUCGGCUGCGUCCUCCAGCCCUCCAAGGCCGGAGCCAACCGGGCCACGCUGCAGCUGGAGCUCCACUACAGGUCCACCCGGGACUCGUCCUGCUUCACCAUGGUGCUCAACAACCUGCGGGUCUUCCUCAUCUUCGAUUGGCUGAAGCUGGUCCGGGACUUCCUCUACACGGCCCCUGAGAAGUGGCCCCCGGUCACGCCCGUCAGCGCCGGCGGGGGCACCGCGCCCCGCCAGCGCUGGCCCAGCUCCGGCAGCGACCCCGGGGCCCCGGCCUUCGGCCCCAAGACAGUGAAGAGCGGAGUGGUCACCAAGAGAUCCACCGUUCAGGUCAACCAAGACCGCCACCUGGAGGUCAAGAUCAACAUCACAGGCACAGAGUUUGUGGUGGUGGAGGACUCCUCCUGUCUGGACACCAACGCCAUCAUCCUGAAGGGCACCACCGUCCUGACCUACAAGCCCCGCCUCCUGGACCGCCCCUUCUCUGGCAGCCUGGCCGGGAUAGAGGUGUUCUCCUGUUGCCUUGGCAGCGAGCAGGAGACGGCGCUGUCGAUCAUCGACCCGGUCAACGUGCAGGUGGAGCUCUGCGGCAGCCCCACCUACCAGAGCAGCACGGGUCUGCUGGACGCCUUCAACAUAGAGGACUUCCCCCCGCUGCUGGAGAUCCAGUUCCCGGCCCUGGACAUCCGGCUCUCCUACAACGACAUCGAGCUCUUCCUGGCCAUCGCCAGGUCCAUCCCCACCGGCGCCGCCGCCGCCCCCGAAGACCCCGGCGCAGCCGCCCCGGCCGCCCCAGCGCCGGUGCUCUCCGUGAAGGACAGCUUCAAGGCCAAGACCGAAGCCCUACUGGAGGGACAGCUGGGCCAUCUGCUGGACCUCGGCUUCAGGAAGGAAGACUGCAAGAGAGCGCUGGUGUUCUGUAAAGGUCAGCUGGACCAGGCGGCCACCUGGCUGCUGGAGAACGCCGAGGCGGACAUCGUGUCGGGCCGCGGCCGGGCCAGCCAGAGCGACCCGGAGGCGGCCAGCCACUCGGCGCCGCUGUCGGGCGUGGAGGUCAAGGCGGAGAGCGUCUGCAUCUGCUUCAUCGACGACUGUCUGGACUGUGACAUCCCCCUGGCUGAGCUCACCUUCUCCCGGCUGUAUGUGUUGCAACGGAUCGGAUCCAGCCAGGAAGGGAAAGCCAGCUUCACCCUGUCUGGAGACUACUACAACAGAGAGCUGUCCGGCUGGGAGCCCUUCAUCGAGCCCUGGCCGUGCUUCCUGACCUGGCAGCAGCAGGCUGCUGGACGGCUGCACCCCCCACGCCUGAAGAUGGCUGUCCGUGCCAAGCAAAGACUAGACAUCAACAUUACGUCGGUCCUGCUGGAACAAUGCCGGACCACCAAGAACUCCUGGCUUGCCGACUACUGCAAGGAGGAGGAGCAGGCGGUCCAGGCGCCCCCAGCUAUGCCAUGGAUGGGCUCCUCCGUCGACCCACCCAGCCUGGGCCAGAGUCUUCCUCUGGCCUACCUUAGAACUAGGAGCAGUGCGAGCCUCACCUGCUUGGAGCAGCAGAUUCUCUCCAGAGCAGACGUGAAGGUGUGCCGGAGGAGGCAGCCCUUUGUCCCCUACGCCCUGCGCAACCGCACGGGCUGCACCAUGUGGUUCGCCACCCUCACCACCACCCCCACCAGAGUGGCGCUGUCGCACAGCAGCAGCGCCGACUCCAUCGCCGACGCGCACGGGUCGGGCUCCGAUGACACCCACAACAUCAGCCAAUGGAGAGAGGUCCUGCCAGGGGAGGAGAUCCCCUUUGAGUUCGAGGCCCGGGAGAAACUCCGUCACAGACACACCCAUGAGCUGAAGCUGCACCAGCUGCUGGUGCGCGUGGCGGGCUGGGAGCAGGUGAAGCCCGUCUCCGUGGACAAGGUGGGCGUGUUCUUCCGCUACGCCGCCCCCGACCGCAACAACCCCUCCAACACGGUGGGCAGUCCCAUAAGCAGGACCAACAUUAUUCAUCCACACGUCUACUUCUCCGCCCUCCCUCCCGUGCGGGUGGUGUUCUCCGUCACCAUGGAGGGCAGCGCCAGGAAGGUGAUCACGGUGCGCUCCGCCCUCAUGGUGCGCAACCGGCUGGAGGUGCCCAUGGAGCUACGCCUCGACAGCCCCUCCGCCCCCGACAAGCCCGUGGUGCUGCCCCCCAUCCUCCCAGGCCAGGCCACCCCCAUCCCCCUGCACCUCAUGUCCUGGCGGCUGCAGGCCCGGCCCAAAGGCCUGGGGCUGUUCUUCUGCAAGGUGCCCAUCCACUGGACCAGCGUGGAGCGGACGGGCGAGGUCAGCAGCAGCAAGCGGGAGUGCCAGUCGGCCAACUUUGAGGACCAGCUCAAGCACAACUUCAGGUUCUGCGUGGUGAUCAAGAAGGAGGACUACCCCGAGCAGCAGCCCGCCAAGCGGGCCGCGUCGUCGGCCUCGGGCCCCGGCGUGGGCGGCACCAAGGAGAUCUACCGCCAGCCGGGCCACACCAUCUACCUGAUGCCCACCAUGGUGCUGGCCAACCUGCUGCCCUGCGACCUCAACUACUACAUCAAGGGCAGCGCCAUCCGGGGCUCGCUGAAGCCCGGCAAGGAGGCGGUGCUGCACGCCGCCGACACCUCCCAGAACCUGGAGCUGGGGGUUCUGCUGGAGAACUUCCCGGUGUGCAAGGAGCUGCUGAUCCCCCCAGGGACGCAGAACUACGUGGUGCGCAUGAGGCUGUACGACGCCAACAAGAGGCUGCUGUGCCUCACCAUCCGCAUCGUGCUGCGCGCCCAGGGAGCCCUGAAGAUCCUCAUCUCAGCCCCCUACUGGCUCAUCAACAAGACCGGUCUCCCGCUGAUCUUCCGGCAGGACAACGGGAAGGCGGACGCGGCCGGUCAGUUCGAGGAGCACGAGCUGGCCCGGAGCCUGAGCCCCCUGCUGUUCUGCUACACCGACAAGGAGCAGCCCUCCAUGUGCACCAUGCGCGUCGGCCGAGGCAUCCACCCUGACGGGGUCCCAGGCUGGUGUCAGCGCUUCUCCCUGGAUGGGGGCAGCGGUGUGAGGGCCGUCAAGGUGAUCCAGAACAGCAAUCGGCCCGGACUCAUCUACAACAUAGGCAUCAACGUGCGCAAAGGGAAAGGGCGCUACCGGGACUCGCACAUCGUGACCUUUGCCCCCCGCUACCUGCUGGACAACCGCUCCCGACACAAGCUGGCCUUCUCCCAGAGAGAGUUCGCCAGGGGCAAGGGCACCACCAACCCAGACGGCUACAUCUCCACUCUGCCCGGCUCCAGCGUGGUCUUCCACUGGCCCAGGAACGACUACGACCAGCUGCUGUGCGUGCGCCUCAUGGACACGCCCAACUGCACCUGGUCGGGCGGCUUCGAGGUCAACAAGCCCAAGUCCUUCCACGUCAACAUGAGGGACACGCUGGGGAACUGUUUCUUCCUGCGGGUGGAGAUCACGCUGAAGGGGGCCACCUACCAGAUCUGCUUCUGCGACACGGAGCAGCUGCCCCCGCCCUUCCGCAUAGACAACAUCUCGGAGGUGCCGGUCCAGUUCUGGCAGCAUGGCGUGGUGGACAUGCGCCUCCACACGGAGGUGAAGGCGGGCGCCGUGCUGGACUACGCCUGCGACGAGCCCACCCUGCCCCCCUACCUGGCCCUCAUCGCCAAGGGCGCCGGCUCCUCGGAGGUCACGGCCGACAUGAACUUCUUCCGGGAGUACAACAAGCUGUACUACGAGAACUUCAUCUACAUCGCCGCCUCGUACACCUUCACGCCUUCGCAGGAUGCGGGGAAGAGACCAGGCACAAAGGACCAGGUGAGCUGCUCUGAGCUGGUUCUGGACGUGGAGACCAAGACUCAGAGGGUCAUCCUCAAGAAGAAGGAGCCGGGUAAGCGCUCCCAGCUGUGGCGGAUGACGGGGACGGGGAUGCUGUGCCACGAGGGCUCCUCCCCGCCGCAGAGCAAGCCGGCCCAGCCGCGCCCGCUGGACUCCUCCCUGGUGCUGGACAUCGCCGGCCUGGCCGCCGUCUCUGACAACAGCUAUGAGCCGUUGAUGCUGCGGAGGCCAGACUCGCGGCGCAGCACUACCCAGACGUGGUACUUCAGCUCUGGGAUGCUCACGUGUGGUUUACCCCGGCUGGUGGUGCAGGCGCAGGGCGGUGUCGGGGGUCUGUAUGACGGAGCAGUGGUGGUGCUGGGCCCGGACUCGGGCCUGAUGGCUCCCGGGCCCGAGCAGCAGUUCAUCAACCAGAAGAUGAGGCCGGGAUCCGGGGUGCUGUCGGUCCAGGUCCUGCCCGACGGACCCACCAGGGUCCUGCAGAUCAGUGACUUCAACCAGCGGCGGUUGGUGCGCACCUCGCCCAGCCUGGAGGGGGAGGGCUCCCGGGAGGACCUGAAGAAGAGCCGGAGGACGGAGCUGGAGCAGGAGCUGGAGGUGCUGGUGAACCUGGAGGAGGGCCUGGGCGUGUCUCUGAUCAACAAGCUGCCCGAGGAGCUCGUGUUCACCACACUGGCCGGCAUCGACGUGCACUUCACCCGCACGGCCAGCAACGAGGUGCUGGAGCUCAGCAUCCAAACCAUACAGGUUGACAACCAGCUGCUGGGCACCACCCAGCCGGUCACCCUGUGUGUGACCCCCAUCUGCAGCGAGGACAGCGCGGUGGACACUAGCCCCACCCUGCAGGUCAACGCCGUCAAGGUGCCCAGCGAGCUCAUGCUCACCGACCUUUUCAAGCAUCUUAUGAUCACUGCUCGGCGCUUCACGGUCAUCAUCGAGGAGAAACUCCUGCUCAAACUCAUCAGCUUCUUUGGCUACGGACAAAUGGAAGCAGAGCUGGAGAAGCUGGACGAGAACGUGUAUGAGAGGCCCAGUGAGGACCUGUCCAACCCCAAGCGCUACUACUUUGAGAACCUGAAGAUCAGCCUCCCUCAGGUCAAACUCAGUGUCUUCACCUCCAACAAGCUGCCCCCAGACCUCAAGGCCUUGAAGGGCACCCUGGGGAUCCCGCUGGUACGCUUCGAGGACGCGGUGAUCAACAUGUACCCCUUCACCCGGGUGCACCCCUACGAGACCCAGGACAUCAUCCUGAACGACAUCCUCAAGCACUUCAGAGAGGAGCUGAUCAGCCAGGCGGCCCAGAUCCUGGGCUCGGUGGACUUCCUGGGGAACCCCAUGGGGCUGCUGAACGACGUGACGGAGGGCAUGUCGGAGCUCAUCAAGUACGGCAACGUGGGCGGGCUGAUCCGCAACGUCACGCACGGCGUCUCCAACUCCGCCGCCAAGGUGAGCCCCCCCCUGCCCAUUGGCCCAGUGCCAUGAGGUAAAACCAGGGGCAGCCAAUGAGCAGCUCAGGGUUUGUUCAGGGAUUUCAGAUGGAGGUCUUAAGGGGGUCUUUCUGAAGGUUCUAGGUCAGGUUAGCUGGUGUGGGGAUCGAACCCAGUAACGCUU